CACUGCAGCAGAGGAGGAAGAGGAGGAAGAGGGGGAUAGUCCGGCUGUCAAAAAAACACAACUCACUGCAGUAACGGAGAGAUCAGAUGUGACUGAAAUGCUGCUGGAACAUUAGUGUGAAAUGUUAGGGUGCUAUUUUUGGAGAUACAGCCAUACAUUUGGAAUAUUUACAGGUUUAAUAUAUAUACCAUGAUGGGCCUGCUGUUCUCAUCAGAAGAAGAUCUUUCUCAAGUGAAGGAUGCGAUUGGUUCUCUCCUCUACGACACCAUGUUGGAAGGUGGCGCCGUACCUGACCUCGGCGUUGUCCACCCUCUCCUCCUGGCCAAUCGCGAUGAGAGCUUGGACUCCCGGGCCAGCCUCCAGGAGCAGCUGCGACAGCUGCAGGGCGACAUCGGGAACAGGGCGCCGACCUACCUGAAGGAUCUGAUUGGUAAAUUGUCGUCCUUCUCAGAUGAGCCACGCCUGGCUGGCUUGGUGGCAUCAGUGGUUACUAUGGUGAUGGAUAUGGCUUACACAUCAUCGAAACAGUCAUCAGGUGUGAAAGGGAAGUCCGCGGGGUCAUCGUCAUCCCAGCAGAGAGUCUGGGAGCUCCAGGAGGUGAUGGAGGAGUACCUGAAGCGCUGUCGGAUCAACCUGAGCGACAAAAGCAGGCUGAUCCAAGACUCCGUCAGACUUGAGGCCCAGCUCAGCCUCACCCUCACCCAGCUGAAGACCUGUCUGCUGGGGGGAGACUGUGACUCCAGGUCUCUGAGGCACUGGGCCAGCGGCGCCGCCUUUCACACCCAGAUGUUGGUUCACCUGGCUGGUCUGGAGGGUCAGGCUGAGCCCCUGGCUGCAAGGGCUGCACUGGAGCAAUACAAGGAAGACCUCACACAGAUCAUACCUGCUUACAGGCGUUAUAAGUCUAAUACAGUGUGUGUCGUAAAAUGCCGAGGGGGUCUUCUGGCAUCAUUUGACCCCUCCAUCGAGGUGCCAGAGGAGGGAUCCAUGACGGGACUCACUGUGACGGACAGAGAGACAGGAAAGAGUGUGACCAUCCCUCUAUCUGCCAUGACUACAGAGACAGGGAGACGGAGGAGAGUCUCCGGGCCUGAUUCCACCUCUGUGUCCUCCUCCAUUAACCUGGACCUUAUCACCUCGGAUCAGUACGCCCAGGCGUACCUGCACCAUCUGUUCUCUGAUAAGGGACCCGUGGCAGAGCUGGAGAACUACUUCAUCAAGGCUAGUGAUAAUCUGAGAACACUAAGAACUGAUCCAGGAUGUACAAACAAGACAGGGGUGAGAAAUGGGCCGGAACAAAGUGAUGGAGAGCAUCUUAGAGGCCGGGCCCAUCAGGGCACUGAUGGAGUACAAAGAGCGAGCGGGGGCAAAGAUGAUAAUCAGGGCAAGACGGACGAGAGAGGAAGACGAGACGAGACGGAGGAAUGUGAGCGGAGAGGUGAAAGGUUGCAACUGAGUAUUGUGGAGACGCAGCCGAAAGAGACUGGACCGCAGCAAUCAGGAGAUGUUUGCUGAAGAGGAACAUUCAAAUAAACUCAGUAACAUGAUGUUGUUUGUAAUUUAUUCAGAACCCAAUAAUGUUCUGAACUCAAAUAUAAUAUUUAAAUAUCAUAAAUCAUUAGCAAUAAAAAAAAAUAUUAAAAUA